AUUAGAACGGUAUAUCUUAUCUAUGGUAUAUUAAGUAUACUGUAUACAUUUAUUGUUAUUCGAGAGUGUCAGCGUUCAUUCACAGAGGAUUGUUUCACAAUACUUUAUUCUAUUGAAAAAAACCUUUAUUAGAAACUGUAUACAAUAAACGAUGUCAUCAUUGAAAGACAUCUGCGAAGGUGUACCAGUGGACCCACUUCCAGAACCAAAGAACCGAGAUGAGUCGGUGCCUCAUGCACCUGUUCGAACCCCAGACCUUACCAGAGAGGAACAAAGGUUAGCCUUGCAAAAUGCGCUCAGAUAUUUCCCACCUAGUGUUCACGAGACGCUUGCCCCUGAGUUUGCAGACGAACUACGAAACUAUGGACACAUCUACAUGUACAGGUUCAGACCUACAUUAGAGAUGAGGGCUUAUCCAAUAGACGAGUAUCCAGUCCGAUGUCGUCAGGCAGCAGCCAUCAUGCAUAUGAUAAUGAAUAACCUUGACCCUCGUGUCGCACAGUUCCCGCACGAGCUUGUUACAUAUGGCGGGAACGGGCAGGUGUUCUCAAACUGGGCUCAAUUUUUGUUGGUGAUGAAGUAUCUAUCUGAAAUGUCAGACGAGCAAACGCUGGUUCUCUACUCUGGUCACCCUAUGGGUCUGUUUCCCAGCUCACCAGACUCGCCAAGGGCCAUCAUCACCAACGGAAUGGUUAUUCCAAACUAUUCAUCCAGAGAAAUGUAUGAAAAGAUGUUUGCACUUGGUGUAACAAUGUAUGGACAGAUGACGGCUGGUAGUUACUGUUACAUCGGUCCCCAAGGUAUAGUGCACGGGACAACGUUAACCGUUCUGAACGCUGCGAGGAACCAACUUGGAUCAGACAACAUGGCCGGCAGGGUUUUUGUGACGUCUGGACUCGGCGGUAUGAGCGGGGCCCAGGCCAAGGCUGCGGUCAUUUGUGGCUGUGUGGGUGUUAUUGCGGAGGUUUGUGGAGAGGCACUUUACAAGCGUUAUAAUCAGGGCUGGUUGCUGGAAGUCACUGACGAUCUUGAUAAAUGUAUCUCGAUGAUCAGAAAGGCGAAACGAGAAAAACGGACAACAAGCAUUGGAUACCAUGGCAACGUUGUGGACUUGUGGGAGAGACUUGUAGUGGAAUAUGAUCAGACAGGCGACUUAUUAGCUGACCUUGGGUCAGACCAAACAUCAUGUCAUAACCCCUACCUGGGAGGCUACUAUCCAGUUCAGUUGAGUUACGAAGAGGCAAGAGCAGAGAUGCAUGAAAAUCCUGUCCGGUUCAAAAAUCUCGUGCAGGAAAGCUUACGGCGGCAUGUUGCUGCAGUCAAUCACUUGGCUAACAAGGGAUUGUAUUUUUUCGACUACGGCAAUGCAUUCCUUCUAGAAGCAGGACGAGCAGGGGCCGAUGUUGGAGAGAAUGCCGGACUACACGGAACAUUUUUCCGAUAUCCGAGUUACGUACAGGACAUCAUGGGGGACAUAUUUUCACUCGGCUUUGGUCCUUUCCGAUGGGUCUGCACAAGCGGUGAUCCUAGUGACCUUGACACCACAGAUGACAUCGCAACCACAGCUCUAGAGGAUAUAAUUAAUCAAGGCGUUGGAACCAAAAAAGAAAGAGUUCGUUUCUUCUCUAAUGGAUUGGCGAUUUUUGCUCCCGGAGCACUAUUUACAGUUUCAUGCGCUGGUAAUAUGGAAAAAUACCCAUUUGAUUCUCAAACAUGCCUUAUAUCAUUUAAUGCAUGGAAUUACAAUAAAGGGGAAGUAUCCUUACUUCCAGAAUAUGAAGAAAUAAACCUUAGUGUUUUUUCGGAGAACAACAUUUGGACACUUGGUGAAACACGAGUUACGCAUGGAAGACAUACCGACGGUCGUCAGCUAGAUUUCUACAUGGAAAUAAAGCGGAAGUCAAAAUUUGUAACUGUUAAUGUUGUGGUUCCGCUGUUGUUUCUUAGUUGUUUGAACAAUUUAGUCUUCCUGCUGGUUCCUGAAUCAGGAGAACGUAUUUCAUUAUGUAUAACUGUGUUGCUCUCAAUAUCAGUGUAUCUAACCAUUCUGAACCAGACGCUUCCACAAAGUUCGGAACCAGUACCAAUCAUAUCGUACAAAGUUAUCGUAGAUUUAGCGGUAAGCUACUUGAUCAUUCUAAUGGUGGUCAUUAACCUUAAAUUGUAUAACAAACCUGACAAUGAAAAGGUUCCGCAUUGUCUACAAACAAUGUAUAAAUGCUUUUCGUGCAGCUGUAGAAAAGCAAAAUGUUUAAUGCCCUCCAAGUAUCCAGAUAUAAGAAGUUAUAUAAAUGAUUGCGUUGAAGAUGAAGGGGAUACAGACAAACCUCAAGCAAAACGACCACAUGUUAAAGUAGAAAAUGAAUCAAAGGAAAUUGUUUCAUGGAGAAAUAUCAGUACAGCAGUUGAUUCCAUAUGCUUUAUUGUGUUUAACUGUAUCACUGUGUGUAGUUUUUGCGUGUUUAUUAGGAUGACAUACGUCUGAAACUUUGUGUUGGUUAGAAUAGAUAAAAUGAAAAUGAAAAUAAAAUUUUAAACGCUAAAAGAUAAUUCAAUACAAUGUUGUUAUGUUAUUAAAUUUUUAAGGACACGUCA